GGAGCCCUUUUCGAAGGCGGAGCUAUUUAGUUCCUUCUGUCCGUGCGGACGAGUCCCAUUGCGGCCAGCGCGCCCCUCUCGCUUGGGGUCGGUGUGAGUCACGGCUUCCCUGAGCCCGGGCCUCCCGGAGCUCCUCAGACGCUUGUAAGGGGUCUCCCUGCCUUCCUGGGGGCGGGAUGACGCCUGACUGACGGGUCCGUGAGGCCCGCGGCUUAGCGGAGCGCGGAGGGCGCCUGCACCCCGGGGAGAGGCUGGUGGGCACGAGCUGCCCGCCGGGCUCGGGUUGCAGCAGCCUGGCGGCCCCCAGGAAGAAUGCUGCCUAAGACAUUUCCUGACCUCAGCGUUCUCAGCUAAGGGGCUUGGGAGCAGAGGCGGAGCCUAGCGGGCAGGCUGUGUAAUUGCAUCCUUGUUAUGGUUGGUAUUGUCGCUAUGAUUCCAGGCUGGCCCCUCCCAAAGCCUCAGGAAGCUUCGGCUCACGGGGCCAGUCAGUUAACAAGCACUUAUUAGGCGCCUGCUGCGUGCAGGUUCGGCCCGGCGCUGGCUUCUCCGGACCCAACGGCACUAUUCUCAGCUAUCCGGAACAGCGAGAGUCGGGAUUUUCGCUGCCUCCGGGGUCGACGCCCACUCUGGGCCCACCUCCUUCCCCUCCGUCUUUUUCGGGUAGAAGUUGGUUCCCAUAGAAACAUCAGCUAGAGAAACGACUGAGCAUGCGCGAAAGCCUCUACGCAUGCUCCGGGAUCCGCUCCGGUCCUUCUCCCGCCCGGCACUUUUCUCGCGAGAUUUGGUUCGAGUGCGGGAAGAAUUUGAAAUUUGGAGUUUGGGGCGUGGCGGGAGCAGCGGCUUGGCGCUUCCCCGACCGGGUGAGGGAGUGUGAGUGUGUGGUCCCGAAACGAGCGGAGAGGACGGGAGUCGGGAAGUGAGGCCGCCGCCAUGGGGGCUGAGAAGAAGUUACUGCAGAUUAAGGAGGCCUUUCAGCUGGCCCAGCUGCCGCAUCAGAACCACGCCAAGCUGGCGGCCGCCUUGAACCGGACUUACGGCACGGUAGAAGAUAAAACAAUUUUUUUUAAAGAAUUCAUUCACUAUCUUAAAUAUGCUAUGGUGAUCUAUAAGCGGGAACCUGCUGUGGAGAGAGUAAUAGAUUUUGCAGCUAAAUUUGUUACUUCAUUUCACCAACCAGAAAAAGAAGAUGAUGAAGAAGAGGAAGAGAGUUCUCUUUUAAGUUAUUUGUUUACUUUUCUCCUAGAGUCUCAUGAAGCAAAUAGCAAUGCUGUUAGAUUUAGAGUGUGCCAUCUUAUAAAUAAACUUUUGGGAAAUAUGCCGGAAAAUGCCCAGAUCGAUGAUGAUUUGUUUGAUAAAAUUAAUGAAGCCAUGCUUAUUAGAGCAAAAGAUAAGAUUCCAAAUGUGAGGAUUCAGGCAGUUCUGGCUCUUGCCAGACUUCAGGAUCCCAAGGAUGACGACUGUCCUGUAAUUAAUGCUUAUAAUACCUUACUUGAGAAUGAUUCGAAUUCGGAAGUGAGGCGUGCAGUGUUAUCUUGUAUUGCUCCAUCGGCAAAGACUUUGUCAAAGAUUGUUGGGCGCACCAGAGAUGUGAAAGAGGCUGUCAGGAAGUUGGCAUAUCAGGUUUUAGCUGAAAAGGUUCAUAUGAGAGCUUUGUCCAUAGCUCAGAGAGUAAAGCUUCUUCAACAAGGACUUAAUGACAGAUCAGAGUCUGUGAAAGAGGUUAUGCAGAAGAAACUGCUUCAGGCUUGGCUACAUUUUACUGAGGGAGAUGUCUUAGAGUUCCUUCAUCGCCUGGAUGUGGAAAACUGUCCCGAAGUGGCUGACUCUGUCCUCAAGGCCUUGUUUGCCACGAUUCCUCUCAGUGAACUGAUGGAAGUCUGUAAAAGCAGUGACGGCAAGAAAUUGAUUCCUGUGGAAACACUAACCCCUGAAAUUGCUUUGUAUUGGAGAGUUCUUUGUGAAUAUCUGAAAUCUAAAGGAGAUGAAGGGGAAGCUUUCUUAGAGCAGAUUUUGCCCGAAACUGCUAUCUAUUCAGAAUAUUUGCUGAGUUAUAUUCAGAACAUUCCAGUUGUUACUGAAGAAAAAAGAGGCGAUUUUGCCUACAUUGAAAAUUUGAUGACAAAAGAGUUUAUAGGUCAGCAGUUGAUUCUAAUUAUCAAGUCCUUAGAUACCAAUGAAGAGGGCGGAAGAAAGCAGUUGUUGGCUGUCCUGCAGGAGAUCCUCACCCUGCCCACUCUCUCGAUCACCUUGGUUUCCUUCCUGGUGGAGAGGCUGCUUCACCUCCUUCAUGAUGAUGUCAAGAAAACUCAGAUUGUUACAGAAAUUAUUUCAGAGAUCCGGGAGCCCAUUGUCACUGCUGAGGCUUCAGAAGAUUCUGCUGAAAGAAGGAAAAAAGAGCUCAGACUGGCCGAAGUCAAGGUGAAGCUUAUUGAAGCCAAGGAUGCUCUGGAGGAGUGCAUCACACUGCAGGAUUUUAAUCAUGCCUCCGUGUUAAAAGAGAAGAUAAAAGCGCUUGAAGACACCAAGGUGGAGCUCCUCAGAGAGACGGAGCCAGCCGAGAUUGCCGAGGUUCACACAGAGAAGAAUGAUCCUGAAACAUUACAGAAAUGUCUAAUUUUAUGCUAUGAACUUCUGAAACACAUCUCUAUUUCUACAGGCAUAAGUGCAACUAUGAAUGUUAUUAUUGACUCUUUGAUUCUUCCUGGAAUAACAAACGUUCAUCCUGCAGUGAGAAAUAUGGCUGUUUUAUGCUUAGGUUGUUGUGGUUUGCAGAACCAAGAUUUUGCCAGUAAACAUUUUGCAUUGUUAUUGCAGGUUUUGCAGAUUGAUGACAUCGUAAUAAAAAUAAGUGCUCUCAAGGCAGUUUUUGACCAGUUAAUGUUGUUUGGGACUGAACCAUUUAAAUCGAAAAAAGUCAAGGAUCUUGAGAAUAGAGAAGCAGAGAUAACUGAAGACAGUGAGCUUGACCAUGAGCUACAAAUGAAAGCCGUUGAAGAAGAGAAUGUCACUGCUAUGAACACCCUGAAGCUUCUGGCUAGUUUUCUGGACAGUGAGAUUUCUGAGCUCCGGACAGCAGCUGCAGAAGGACUGGCCAAGUUGAUGUUCUCUGGACAAUUAGUCAGUAGCCGGCUUCUUUCUCGUCUUGUUUUGUUGUGGUACAAUCCUGUGACUGAAGAGGAUGUUCAGCUGCGACAUUGCCUAGGGGUGUUCUUUCCUAUAUUUGCUUAUGCAAGCAGGACUAAUCAGGAGUGCUUUGAAGAAGCUUUUUUCCCAACUCUGAAAACACUGCUUAAUGCGCCUGCAUCUUCUCCGUUAGCUGAAAUAGAUAUUGCUAAUGUAGCUGAACUACUUGUGGACUUGACGAGACCAAGUGGGUUGAAUCCUCAAGUCAGAAAUUCCCAGGACUACCAGACUUCAACAGUACAUGAUAAUUUAGCCAUAAAAAUUUGCAAUGAAAUCUUAAUAAAUCCAAGUGCGCCAGAAAUUCGCUUUUAUGUAAAAGCCUUGAAUUCUUUAGAAUUCAGUGACAGCUCUACAAAAGAACUUACCGUGUUAUUGGAUGAGAUUCUUGAGGAAGUAAAAGAUAGGACAUGUUUGAGAACCUUAGAGAAGAUCAGGAUACAGUUGAGCAAAGUGAGUAGUGAAUGUGGUGGCCAACAAUUUUCAGGAGCCCAGGACAGUCAGAGCACCUCCAUGAUUGCUAAUCAGAAUGAGGAAGAAAAAAACAAAGAAAUGUUUCAGACUCCUUUUGUAACCAAAAGUAAAGAUGCCAAGGCACUUAAAACCACUGCAUCCAAGACUAACAAAGGACGCAGAAAAGUUGCAGCUGCCUCAAAAUCAGUGAAUAGAAGGCAUCAACACGGUGAACCUCAUUCUGAAAGUGACCAAGAAAUUCCAGAACCAGUUCCAGAGAUGAAGAUGCGCCUACCGAGGCGAGCUAAAACAGCAGCUUUGGAAAAAACAAAACUAAAUCUUAUACCUCUUCUUGGUGAAGAAGACAACUAAGAAUUGCCUUCCCACCUGCAUUCCC